GAAGCAAGGCAGGCUGGAAGCCCACUGAUUGGCAGCUUGAACAACGGCGUGUCUGCUUCUUACUGCCUCUUUACGGAUGAGAACGGCAGGGUAGGUUACGGACUUGAGGCAGGGUGAUGGGGCUGCCCCCCCUGCAUGAGACGUGUCUGUGUGUGCACUGCCUAGAGUGUUUUAUUACAUUCUCCUUGCCGCUCACGAUAACAGUUGAUAGCCAGCAUUGAAGCUACUUAAUUUGCUAGCAAAGAGGGCCCUCGGCCCGGAUAACACGUAUCAGAAUGGCCGACCUGCUCUUUAAUGUGCGAAACUCUUUCUACCUGGGCGCAUAUAACACUGUGAUCAACGAAGCCGCUGACCUGGACAACCUGAACGAAGUCGAUUCAAUCGAGCGCGACUGCUUCGUGUAUCGCUCCUACAUUGCAUUGGGGAGCUAUGACCUCGUCAUUUCUGAGAUUCGGGACUCCGCGGCGACGGGCCUCCUUGCGGUGAAGCUGCUCGCACAGUACCUCUCUAACAAGAAGUCAAAGGAUGAUGUGCUGGCGACUCUGGCGGACUGGCUCGCCGACUCGGCGUGCAACCGGAACAGCAUGGUGCUGCUGGUCGCGGGCAUGAUCCACGCACACGAGGGCAACUAUCCGGAGGCGCUGAAGGCCUGCCACGGCAGCAACAGCCUGGAGCUGCAAGCGCUGUGCGUCCAGGUGUACCUGAAGAUGGACCGGGCGGACAAGGCGGAGGUGCAGGUCAAGUCCAUGUCGGCCACGGAUGACGACGCCACGUUAACCCAGCUGGCGACUGCUUGGGUGGGCCAGGCGCUGGGCGGAGCCAAGGUGCAGGAGGCGGCGUACGUGUACCAGGAGCUGGGCGAGAAGUACAACUACACAGCGUCACUGUACAACGGGCGCGCGGUGUGCUACAUGAAGAUGGGGCGGUGGGAGGACGCUGACCACGACCUGCAGGAGGCAUUCAACAAGGACGCCAAGGACCCCGACACGCUGUCCAACCUCAUCACCGUGGGCCUGCACCUCGGCAAGAACGUGGCGCGCUAUCAGACCCAGCUGAAGAUGGUGGCUCCCAGCCACCCCAACUCCAAGCGCCUGGAGGCGGCGGACGAGGCCUUUGCCCGCGCGGCAGCCAGCAUUGCAUAAGCGGGCGCAAAGUCUCGCGGAAGAGCGACGCAGCGGGUGUAGGGUGUCGCUGUAGUAAAAUGUGUAUGACAUGGGCGUAAGGAGGCGGGUUUGGAGUGACGUUUUGGGGUGCUAAAGGCUGGGCCGUGGCGGUAGGGCGCGCUCAGCAGCUGUGCUGAAUACGGUAUUGGCGUAGCAUACGCAGAAGCCAUUGUGUACGAGCCAGAGGACGAAGUGAUCUCGAAUGGACGUGACGAUGUAUCGUCCUGUAAGUGGUGUGAGUAAGGGGCAGGUUGGCGUAGUCCCAUAGUGUGGAGUGUAUUCCCAGACCCCAACAUCCAAUGGGCAAAGGCAUGGCAAGAUUGCGCGGCUGGUGUAACGCGGGACUGCG